GGCAGCUGAAGAAGCAGCACCGUUAGCACACACAGCUAAUGUGCUAGCUGUUGAUGUUCUUUGGUCGUUGGCGAUAUUGACAACUCAUCCGGAAAACGUCACCAGAGGAAUAUUUGCCUCUGUGAACACAACGCUCUUCCGUUUAGCUUUUCCACGCUGAAGACCCAAUUUCAGAACAGUGACUCACCACUGGUUGCCCUGUGACUCAGGGAAAAUAAUGUGCUGCAGCUGAAGAUGGGGGGUAGUGGCUCCAAGUCCAAAGGAUUCUGGCCUUUCUCUGGCUCAGGCAGCGGGGAUGAUGCAUCCAAAGAUGGAAACGAGCAGACACUGGCAAGAGUACGAAGUUUCCCUGGAGCGACUCCCUUCGUGUUUACCAGACGAAGCUCUAUGUACUUCGAUGAGGACGGUGACUUGGCUCACGAGUUCUACGAGGAGACAAUUGUGACAAAAAAUGGACGUAAAAGAGCCAAACUGAAAAAGGUUCAGAAAAACUUAACACCUCAGGGAAUUGUAAAGCUGGACUUCCCGUGCAUCCAUGUAGAUUUCCCCGUUAUCCUGUGUGAAGCCUGACAGUCCUUGAGGAACUCGAAUGAGCCGCUGAGUCAGCUCCGACCCGGUUUUCUUCUCUUUCUUUCGCCCUGCAAAUGGAAGCCGGAAACAUCUCUCAAUAACGUGAUCUCCUAAAUUAUCUGAAGCCUCUGUGUGGAGCAGCUGAUGCAUUUUGUGCCAAGCCUCUGCAUGUGGCCUGUUUGUGGCUUGUGUGCAGUGAGACACGGGAUGGACUGCCAGUUGGGAUGGAGAGGAAAAGCUGAAUUCUCUCAUUUCAUGGAGUUAUUGGCUUGUGUGCAUGUCAGUGUGAAUGCGUGCAGACAAAGAAUUAAGAGUUCUAAUUUUUUUUUUUUUUGCUGCAGGUUGUUUUCUUGUAUGAUUCAUUAAACUCAAUGAGUUUAGAGUAAAAUCAGUACUUAUUAUGGUCUUAUCUAAAAUGGGAAACCUGUCUGUGCACAUUUUAUUUUAUUUUAUUUUGUUUUUGACACUUGCCAAGUUGGACUUGUCUUGCUUUGUUUUGCAUGAAGCAGGAGGUUUGGGCUUUGUGAGUAGGCAAUCAGUAGCCACCCAAACUAAUCUAAGGAAGGAUUGAUAUCAUGUUGUAACAUUUGAAGGACUUGUUUCAGUGACUACACAUGUACACAACAGCAUUGAGUUAAAUAGGAGAUCCUGUUUUUUUCCUUUGCUGGUUUGGCAGGAUGUAUUUCACAUUUAAUUUAUUAAAACAAUUUUUUUAAUUACAAAA